AUGGGUUCCCUGGUUUCACAGCCUAAGCUUCCUGUUAUACACUUCUCUGAGGAAAACGUGAAGCCUGGUACAGAUUCUUGGAUAUCAACAAGAAAUGAAACCGUGCGAGCUCUUGAAGAGUAUGGUUGUUUCAUAGCAGUGUAUGAUAGAGUUUCUUUGGAGCUUCACAAUUCAAUUUUUCAAGCAUUAAAACCCUUAUUUGAUCUCCCCCUAGAAACCAAAAUACAGAACACUUCUGAUACACCUAAUCAUGGCUAUCUUGGACAUCUGCCUGCAGUUCCUCUUUACGAAAGCUUGGGCAUCGAAAAUGCAACAACUCUACAAGGAGCUCAGAAAUUCACUAAUCUCAUGUGGCCCUCGGGAAAUGAUUUUUUCUGUGAAACUGCACUUUCCUUCUCAAAGCUAGUGUCAGAAUUAGAUCAAACGGUGAAGAAAAUGGUAUCAGAGAGUUAUGGUAUACAGAAAUACAACGAGUCUCUCCUUGGAUCCACUUCUUACCUGCUUAAACUUAUAAAAUAUAGUGAACGCAAAAUGAAUGAGACUAAUGUUGGUAUCGUCCCUCACAAGGACAAGUCCUUCACGACCAUUCUUCAUCAAGAUCAAGUUAAGGGUUUGCAGAUUAAAACAAAGGACGACCAAUGGAUUCUAAUUGAGCCUUCUCCUUCAUCUUUCAUAGUCAUGGCAGGCCAAGUAUGCAUGGUGAGUACUCCCUAAAUAUUCUCUAUCUUCUUUCAUAUCACCAUAUACAUAUAUACAAUUUUCUUGAAUUUCUUGGGAAAAGGAAAAAAAUAAAAAUAAAAGAAAGAAAAAAAGAGAGCCCAAAAGGAAACACUCAUCACGAAGUUCUAAACAUGGUUGCAACAUGGGUAGUUUGAAAAUUUAACUCAACCUAAGGUAUGGAACUUUCAAUUCAAGUCCAAAUAAAUUCAACCUUCUUUCUGAAUUCUCCAUUUCGAGUUUCAUUUGCCUUCAAUUCCGGUAAUAUACAUCUAUGCAUCAACGAUUUAACAAUAUUAUGUUAUUUAUAUUUGUUGAUUUAACUGCACUUAAUUCAAUCUGUUUUAAAUCCCCUUUAUUAUAAUUUGCAUGUUUAGGCAUGGACUAAUGGGAGAAUAGAACCUCCUACUCAUCGGGUGAUCAUGAAGAACAAAGAAAGAUACUCCCUCAGUCUAUUUUCAUUCAUCAGGGAUAUCCUCAUUGAAAUACCGGAAGAGCUAGUUGAUGAAACACACCCUUUACAGUACAAACCAUUUUAUCACUACAAAUUUCUUCACUUCUUGAACUCGGAUGAGGGGUGGAGACUGAGAUCCAAGUGUCCGUGCCCAAUCAAAAUUUACUGUGGUGUUUGAGAUAAUUCUUUGGCCUACAAGAAUAUUUGUGAUGUGUUUCUA